UGAAAGGUUUCACCGGAUGGUGCAUUAGUGAGUGGCAGCGUGGUGAGAGCGGCUGCUGCAGCCUGUCCGGCUAUUAGAGCCACACAUAGUCCUGCACGCAGGAGAAUUUGUAAUACUACUGUAUAGUGGAAAUCUGCUGAUCAUUUUCCACUCCUGAGCGGCUGUCACGGACCUCUGCAGACUGUAGUGAUAAAGAAGAAAGAACAGAUUGUCAAAGUCACCGUGUGCCGCCUUCUUUUGGUUGCUGUGAGGAGGUGACUCCAGAAGGCAUGGUGCUGUGAUAUACCCGGUCCCUCUGACAGCGUAGGGCCAGCGGACACACGAACGGCUCUGUGAUGGAUAAUGCACAUACUAAGACGGUGGAGGAGGUUUUGGGGUUCUUUGGUGUAAAUGAAUCUACAGGUCUGAGCUGUGAGCAGCUGAAGAAGAACAGAGAGAGAUGGGGACCCAACGAAUUACCAGCUGAAGAAGGGAAGUCACUCUGGGAGCUGGUGUUGGAACAGUUUGAGGAUCUGUUGGUUCGAAUCCUGCUGCUGGCUGCAUGUAUCUCAUUUACCUUGGCAUGGUUCGAAGAAGGUGAGGGGACAAUCACAGCCUUUGUUGAACCCUUCGUCAUACUCCUCAUCCUCAUAGCAAAUGCUAUUGUGGGCGUAUGGCAGGAGCGUAAUGCAGAGAAUGCCAUUGAAGCUCUUAAGGAAUAUGAGCCAGAAAUGGGCAAGGUGUACCGACAGGACAAGAAGAGCAUCCAAAGAGUCAGAGCCCGAGACAUCGUUCCUGGAGACAUUGUGGAAGUUGCAGUUGGAGAUAAGGUCCCGGCUGACAUCAGGCUGACAUUCAUCCGUUCCACCACACUCAGGGUGGACCAGUCCAUUCUGACCGGGGAGUCUGUUUCAGUGCUCAAACACACCGACCCUGUACCAGAUCCCAGAGCUGUCAACCAGGACAAGAAGAAUAUGCUGUUCUCGGGUACAAAUAUUGCGGCUGGUCGAGCUAUUGGAGUUGUAGUGGCAACAGGAGUGCAGACAGAGAUCGGGAAAAUCCGAGAUGAGAUGGCCUCCACUGACCCUGAAAGGACCCCACUGCAACAAAAACUGGACCAGUUUGGAGAACAGCUGUCCAAGGUCAUCAGUGUGAUCUGUGUGGCUGUGUGGGCUAUCAACGUGGGACACUUUAAUGACCCAGUCCAUGGAGGCAGCUGGCUGAGAGGGGCUGUUUAUUAUUUCAAGAUUGCCGUUGCCCUGGCUGUAGCUGCCAUACCAGAAGGGCUUCCAGCUGUCAUUACCACCUGCCUCGCACUGGGAACCAGGAGAAUGGCCCGAAAGAAUGCCAUCGUCCGCAGCCUGCCAUCAGUGGAGACGCUGGGUUGCACUUCUGUUAUCUGUUCCGACAAAACUGGAACAUUAACCACUAAUCAGAUGUCAGUCUGCAGGAUGUUUGUUGUAGACUGUGUGUCAGGGGAGCGCUGCAGCCUGAGCGAGUUCACAGUGACUGGAUCUACUUAUGCCCCUGAUGGGGAUGUUUACAAGGAUGGCUCAGUGGUGAAGUGCAGUCAGUAUGAAGGCUUGGUGGAGAUGGCCACGAUCUGUGCACUGUGCAAUGACUCAUCACUUGACUACAACGAGUCCAAGGGUGUGUAUGAGAAGGUCGGGGAGGCAACAGAGACUGCCCUCUGCUGUCUGGUGGAGAAAAUGAAUGUGUUUGAGACGGACCUGAGAGGACUGAACCCCGCUGAGCGAGCCACCGCCUGCUGUUCUGUGAUUAAGCAGCUGAUGAAGAAGGAGCUGACACUAGAGUUUUCCAGAGACAGAAAGUCCAUGUCUGUCUUUUGUUCAUCCAAUAAACUCACCAGAUCUGCCUCUGGAGCCAAGAUGUUUGUCAAGGGAGCUCCAGAAAGUGUCCUGGAGCGCUGUAAUUACAUUCGAGUCAGCGGCUCUGCUCGCGUGCCUUUGAGCCCAGUUGUUCGAGAACAGCUCCUGUCCAUCGUACGGGAGUGGGGGACGGGCCGAGACACGCUGCGAUGCCUUGCAAUGGCAACAAGAGACACACCUCCUGACAUCCACAGUCUGAACCUGGAGAACUCAGCGGCCUUUGCUGACUAUGAGUCGGAACUGACAUUUGUGGGCUGUGUAGGCAUGUUAGACCCCCCAAGAAAAGAGGUGCUUAGUGCGGUCCGAAUGUGUCGCCAAGCUGGGAUACGAGUCAUCAUGAUCACAGGUGACAACAAAGGGACCGCGCUUUCUAUCUGCAGGAGGGUGGGCAUCAUCACAGAGGAGGAAGAAGAGCAGGAUGGUGCAGGGGUCAUCGGGGGCCUAACAGGGCGGGAGUUUGAUGAGCUCCCCCCCCACUUGCAGCGUCAGGCUUGUCUGACAGCCCGCUGCUUCGCCCGAGUGGAACCGGCCCACAAGAGCCGCAUAGUGGAGUACCUGCAGAGCCUGAAUGACAUCACGGCCAUGACAGGUGAUGGGGUGAAUGACGCACCGGCGCUGAAGAAGGCAGAGAUUGGCAUUGCUAUGGGCAGUGGCACAGCAGUGGCCAAGUCUGCCUCUGAGAUGAUCCUGGCUGAUGAUAACUUCUCCACCAUUGUAGCUGCCGUUGAGGAGGGCAGGGCUAUCUACAACAACAUGAAACAAUUCAUCAGAUACUUGAUAUCAUCCAACAUAGGAGAGGUGGUCUGUAUUUUCCUAACAGCAGCACUUGGCAUGCCUGAAGCACUGAUCCCAGUUCAGCUUCUAUGGGUCAACCUGGUCACUGACGGAUUCCCAGCAACUGCUCUGGGCUUCAACCCUCCAGAUCUGGACAUCAUGGCUCGUCCUCCUCGCUCCCCCAAAGAGCCGCUCAUCUCCAGCUGGUUGUUCUGCCGCUACCUCAUCAUCGGCUGUUAUGUGGGAGCAGCCACUGUAGGAGCUGCUGCCUGGUGGUUUAUGGCAGCCCACGAUGGACCCAAACUUACCUUCUAUCAGCUAUCCCAUUAUCUGCAGUGCAGUGAAGGCCAUGCUGAGUUUGCUGGUGUGCAAUGUUCAGUCUUUGAGUCUCCUUAUCCAAUGACUAUGGCUCUGUCUGUGCUGGUCACCAUUGAGAUGUGCAACGCCUUGAACAGUCUUUCAGAGAACCAGUCCCUGCUAAAAAUGCCCCCCUGGUCAAACCCGUGGCUGGUGGGGGCCAUCUGUUUGUCCAUGGCACUGCACUUCCUCAUUUUAUAUGUAGACCCACUGCCGGUGAUAUUUCAGAUACGCCCGCUGUCCUGGACUCAGUGGGUGGUGGUGUUGAAGAUGUCCCUUCCUGUUAUCUUGAUGGAUGAGGCCCUCAAGUUCCUAGCCCGCAACUAUAUUGAGCCAGGAAGCCACAUCCAGACUUUAGAAGAGGAAGAGGAGCUGCAGAGGGCAAGGGCCAGCAUGGGAUUGGUCGGUGAUGUGGUGACAAAGCUGCAUCAGUCAGUAAAGGGCAUGUCCUGGUCAUUCAUACUGAUCUCUGCACCGCUGGUGAUCUGGAUCUUCAGUCUGGACUCUGACAUCACCAACAUCUUCUGGGAGUAACAGGGGAAUAUUGGUGGGCUGCAGGAGAACUGCAGAACACGCUGAAAGAAGAGAAAAAAGAAAAUUGAGUAUUGGGUGAGGCGUGGUUAGACAGGGAAAUGAGGCAUAAGCAAAGAUAAUUAUUUUUAUGAGAUAAAACAAGGACGUGAAGGAUGAGGAGAGAAACAUUUCACCAACAGACAAUCAGAGAAAUCAGCAGAAAAAGUGUGAGGCAGUUUAAUAUGAUUAAUAUUAAUAAAGGUGAUAAAUGUAGCUGCUUUGCUUUUAGUUCACAUUUCCCUUAAAUAUCACUGCUACCUACACUGUACUGACACCUACAUCAGCUUUCUGACUUGUUGCCAAAUCAGACCUAGUAACAAACUCAGUGUAAAAUGUAAUACAGCUCAUCAGUGGUUUCAUUAGUGAGUUCUUUCUUUUUUUCUUCCAAAGAGUGCUAUUGAUUUCUGAUUGACUUGUGUAUGUUUAGAUAUGAUUUAUUCAUUCACAUACUUGAAUAUAGAAAGGCAUAUUUGUGUUUGAGGUUUGUUGCAUUUGUGUAGUUUAGAGUGAGAGAGGAGCAUCUGGUGGUCUGUAGUGGACCGUCUGUCGGUCUCUGUUUGCCUAGGUCACUCAUUCAAGUUUAUAGGUCAGUCAGAUGUGUCUUUUCCUCCUGUUGGUAGUUCCUCAAAGUUGAGACAAUUUUUGGUUUAAGUAUCCAUCGAUAUUCCCUUAUUUUGCCUGCCUUUGCUGUAGGUUUCACUGACAUUCCCUGGUCUCUGGCCACUACAAUGCUGCUACCCUCUUCCUGUGUGUGUGUGUGUGCCCCUUUACUGUAAUGGCAUGCUGAUGAUGUACUGAUGGUACAAUGCUCCACAGCACUUUUAUGAGGAAACAAGUGGAUUAGAAACACAGCCAGGCUUUCCAUCCACACUGUAAUUCAAGUAGUAAUAAUAUGUGCUCCUACCUGUGGGUACAGCAGAAUCAGUCAGCUGGCUGCUUUUAUAGUCUUUACGCUGCACUGCUGUCAGGACUUCCUCACAUGAAACAAAAUCAAGCUCUUGGCCUGUGAGCAGUGUUGGCACAUUUUCAGAAUGCAUGCCAAUGCACGUCACACAUUUCUUGCUUUAAAAAUUUUAAAGUUCAUCCUGUAGAGAUGCAUCAUAUUCCUGCAGCCGGAGGUUAAAGUGGGACACAUUCCCUGAGGAGGGUACACAGAUUUACUGUAAGAGUUUUAUGUGGCUAAACCUGCAUCAGUAAAGUCUCUUCUGGCAUCUCAAACCUUUAUUCUGAUAGACGUACAGCUGAGUGUCCUCUGUUGUCUUUCCUGUUGAUUGUUGCUGAAGUUGACGAGGCGCUCGCUGGCUCAUCCUGAAAGCAGACUGAAGCAAGAAUGAGCUCUUCACAGCUGGAUGAAUGAGACAAGUCUGUUAGAUUAGUUACGGAAUGCUGAUUAUAUUGAUACGAUGUUCAGGGUUAGGGUUCGUUUGGAUCAAUUUGGUUCUGGAUGUUAGGGAUUUAAAGCCCUGCUCAGUACACCAAGUGGCUUUCUUUCAGUUCUGUACUUCCUUCCUGCCCCACAGAAGCUGUCUCUGUGUCAGUGGACUGAAAUGACAUCACAUGGAGGAUUUCAGUAAACACAGAUUUGAAAUGACACAGUCCCACAGGACAGACAGCAAAUGUGACAGUGAAUGAGUGUUUGUGUUUUUGUCCAGUGAUUCCAUGAAGGAAUUUCUUUUUUAUUUAAGUUUUAUUAACUGUUGUGUAACACAUGCAGCCCUCAUGAGGAGUGUCAUUACUGAAGGGGAAGAAGAGUUGGAGACCUAACAUUUUGACAUGAAGUUUUAUGUGAACCAAAACACGUUGGAUGGACUCUCUCUUCUUAUCGGCCCCCGAAUGAGCAGAAGAAAAAUGGAUGGGCAAAAAAAUGAACUCAGUCCAGUGUCACCAAAAACAUGUUGCUAGCCCAAACUCUUAACGAGUUUUUCACGUAAUUAUAUUUUUCUUUUUCUUUUUUUUCAACUUUAUUCUUGUAAUUUUAUGACUUUUUUCCAUUUGUCGUGUUAUUGACAGUAGAACCUAUUUUUCUGUUCCUGUGAAGGAGGAGGGCAUGAACCUGUUUGAGGUGUUCAUCACCGCGGCUCAUUGUUAUUUAUUUGCAAACACUUUUUUUGUGUGUGUGUUCUUAUUAUUAUUUCAGUUUGUAGUUUUUCUCACAAUAGGCCAAAAACUGAUUUUAAAAGACUAAAAUUGUAAUUGCUCCCGUUGUUCUUUAUGAAAAGGAAUCCUGGAUGAGUCAGUACGGCAGAUGUGCUUCUUAUUUUUAUUUGUAUUAUUUAUUAAUGCUUUAUUUUUCUGCAGAUGGUCCAGACCAAUGACAGUCCAGCUCUUAAAAAACUUUGUAUCAACUUUGUUUAGUCUGUUCUGUGUUAAUAUUGGUAUUCUUCUCUUUCUCUCUCACUGAAAUUUUAGCUUCAUACAUCAGAUCCUUUUAAAGAUAGAUUUUGGUUGUUUUGUUUUUUAAAUGCUCCAUGAAGCCACUUCCAAAAAUUAAAGGAACACGUUUUAAUCAGCA